GGGAGGGAGGACACCGUUUUUUUCUUCUGUAAACCCUUACAGUGUGUGGACAGUGUAGAAUGAGGUAGCAGGGCUGUAGGAAACCCCAGAGAUUCGUGUCACCGGGACAGUGGGAUGAGUGCGUGUGAGUGGAUUUGGACUUUGGUUUUAAAGCAGCAUUUCGAAGAAACUUCACCUGCCAGGUCUCAUUCCGAGCUGGGCAUUUUUUAAUAACUGCUAUAUUGGUUGACAAGAAAGAGACUGAAUUUUUCAAGAACAAAAAAAUCUACUAAUAAAAGCGCACGAUGGAAGUUUGCAAAGGGAGAUUGCUGGGGAUCACUGUGGCGAUCGCGCACGGUGUUUUCUCCGGAUCGCUUAACAUCCUGCUAAAGUUCCUCAUCACCACGUACCACUUCACGUACCUGACUCUCAUCCAGUUUCUGACCAGCUUCACGGCGGUGAUUACGCUGGAGGUCCUGCGACGGAUCGGUGCAGUGAACAUCCCGCCGCCUAGCGCGCGCCUGGCCCGCGUGUUCGCUGGUGUGUGCGCGCUCUCCACGCUGCAGUCCACGCUCACGCUGUGGUCCCUGCGCGGCCUCAGCCUGCCCAUGUACGUGGUGUUUAAACGCUGUCUGCCGCUCGUCACGCUCGCUGUCGGUGUGUGCGUCCUGCGGGACGGAGCGCCGUCAGUCGGGGUCAUCGUAGCUGUGCUUAUAACCACCGGCGGAGCUGCACUCGCGGGUGCAGGAGACCUCACAGGCGACCCCUUUGGCUAUGUGACAGGCAUUUUAGCUGUUAUUAUCCAUGCCUCAUACUUGGUACUCAUCCAAAAGACAAGUGUGGAAAGCGAGUACGGCCCGCUGACGGCUCAAUACAAUAUCGCCUUGAUGGCCUCGCCCGUGCUGCUUGUCUGUUCCCUCGUGAGCAUGGACGCUAUUGACAUGUGGACCUACGAGGGCUGGAGUAAUCCGAUCAUCACGGGAAUCUUUUGCGUCUGUGUAGUCAUUGGCUGCGCUAUGAACUUCACCACGCUGCACUGCACAUACAUUAACUCAGCAGUGACCACCAGCUUUGUGGGGGUGGUAAAGAGCAUUGCUACCAUCACUGUAGGCAUGCUGGCCUUCAGCGACGUUGAGCCCACCAACCUGUUUAUAGCCGGUGUAGUGGUCAACACCAUCGGCUCCAUCACCUACUGCAUAGUGAAGUACUACGAGACCAAGAAGAAGCUCAGCUAUGAGGACAUGGAAAAGGCCGCGAAGGACGAGGAACCACCCGGAGAGCCGUAUGUGGAACCUCCAACCAAACCUGAUGGAGAUGUGGAGAGUUUUCCAAAUGGCUGCCUGACUGAAUCGUUGGAGGACAGUGGCCUGGGUCAUGUGUCUGACAAUAAAGUUGCAGAAUCUAUAGAGUUACAAACAUCAGCACUGGCACCAGAGAGCGAAGCUGAAAACCAGAAUUUCAGUAACAAUUUUGUGGACGUGUGGAGAUCAGUGCGCACCUUAAAGUUCCUUAAGAAAGACACAUUAUUGGACAACAUGGAGGUGCAAAGUCCUUGAUGAAGGUUAAAAGAGAUGCAUGCUAAGUUUAAACAUUCUCACAGACUGACUAUGUGAGCAAGAGGAAUGUUGCCUUUUAUUACUUAACCUGGAUUUAUGGAAAGCUAAUAUUUUUUAAAAAACAUACUAUGAUUUGUUUGUAUGUAGGCAGAAGUCAUAUAUAGGCUGUUUUUAAGAAUGGGAGUUUCAUGAUGACUGAUAGUUCUCUCAGUGUCUUAUACGGCAUGAAAUCCUUCAAAAAAUUAAAUUCACACAGUUUUACAUAUGGUUGAACGAGGUGGUUUACAUUAGAUGUAGGUGAUCAGGCAGGACGUGUUUGGUGUGUGAAGUUUUCUUUUUAGGUUUUGCAAAAUCUACCUAAGAAGUAAUUCAUGUAAUAGAUGACUUCCUGUAAGCUAUAAACAUAAACAACCUGCACAAUGAAACUGAAAAUGGUUACAGGGCAGCCAUCUUGGAAAACCACUUUUUCCCUUAACACAGUUUAAAUUAAAAUGUUUUGCUCAUACACUCUUAGAAAGGGUUAUUCAACUGACACUUAAGAGUUUACUUAGUAUUAUACAAGUUUAUUCAAAGCUUCCUAAAACUAAACACUGUCAGAGAACCCUAAAGGAUUAAUCAAAACCUAAGAGGAACCCUUAAAAGUUCUAGAUUUUCUAGUAGUUGUAUAUUCUAGACCAAACUAGUCCAACUUUUUCUUUGUAUUCAAACUUUUUCACAGGUUGUAGUUAACUGUGGUUAACUGGUUACAGACACUUUCCCCGUUUUUACCAACAUCUUUAACCCCAAUAACAAGCUUGUCAAUACUUUAAAACAAAAGGAUAUAUGAGACAUAUUGACCAUUUUCGACCAAAUGGUUUAAACGUGAUCAAUUUAAAAAAUCAGUGCAUCAGAGAAGGAGGCGGGGCUUCACAGUUCUAGUAUAGCACUUAAUUUAAUUUAUUUUUUUAUUUAUUUUAUUUUAUUUAUCAAAUUUAUAAAGUAGUAUCUUAUUGACAAUCAGGAUCUUUUUCUAUACUAUUCAAUUACACAACAACCAAUUGUGCUUUAAUUUAUAUAAUUAAUUUUACUGAAAUAUUUCUUAAAACAUACAAAUUAAAACAUUACUUUUUUAAUGCAGUGCAGAAAUAUUAAUGACAAUAGUAAUACAAAUUCCUUUUUUUUUUUAAAUCAACCAAGAAUUAUAAUUUAUUUUUGGUUUGUCUUUAAUUCAGGAUCUGGAACUGAAGCAGAAAGCUGGAAGUAAUGUGGAUCGUAAUACAGUUCCAAGUUGAAUCUAAUUUUAUGUUAAUCUAAAACACAUCCUGCUUUUUAACAUAAUCAUAUAUCUAAAAAAAAAAAAAAAGUUUUUAUGUCAUUUGCGGCAGAAUAUACGGCAGUAAAGUUCAAACACGGAUUUGUUUGAAAAGACUGAACUUUAUGCGAAGUUUACAGUUUUUGUCAGGAACACUAGAAUGGUACUGAAAUGGACCCCAUCCAAGGUGUAUUCCUGCUUCACAUCCAGUGUUCCUGGGAUAGACUCGUUCGCACUUUAUGUUAAAAGCAAACUUCACACAUCAAAUGCAUCACGUCUUGGCUCAUUGCUAAUAUUUAAGGGUAAUAAAUGUGUAAAUUUGUUGAAUUGAUUUGUAAAAGUUGAUGUUUUUUUUUUUUUUUUUACAAAUCCUUUAAAUGAGAAAAAAUAUGAUUAAGAAACAAAUCAUUUCAAUUUUCUGAUAAACAACUGAGAUCUUUAGAAUCUAAUUUCUUAUCUAGUUAAUUUUUAGCAUUUUGUUUUUUAAUUUCCUACACGCAUCAUCUGUCCCGGUCUGGGUUCUGUUCGAGCUGAGAAAAUGCGAUGUCAAAAAAGAAGCCAUGAUCAUUACUUGCAUGUGUCAUGUAACAGUAAUCUUAAACAAGUUUGAUAUGGAACACUUGAAAUGCUCAUGUUAUCAUUAACGAUCAAGCGUUUAUCAGAGAUUCCUGCUGGCUGCCCUGCUUGAGCUGUCAUUGAAGACUUGUUCUGAAUUACACACAGAUGACUCUGAUAAGGGUCACUGAACAUGAAAACAAUCUGGAUUCACUCUGAAAGCUCAGCUCAAGGGCAAGAAGAUCUUGUCUUGGCCUCUUAUCCUUAAUCUUGAAGUCAGCAUCAUUAGAGAAUCUAUUACCUAUGUUUAUAUAGUUGAGGGGGGUCCGAGUCAAGACACGCCAGGAUGCGACCACCUUCUGAGACCGUGAGCACUGCGAUUUUUCUCUAACUCAUAUGAGUAUGUUCUGUGUAAAGGGAUGUCUUUGUGAUUAAAAGAGCGCAUAUAUGAAUGUAAAAGCUUCCCAGACUUUUUUAACACUUGAUGAACCACAGAUGCUUUUUACACCAAAA